AUGUCAACGGCCGACCCGGCUGGAAUCACAAAGAAACCGGCAGCAGCAAAAGAUGCAAAAGGCGUCAUUGUUAUUGAAGUUGGUGGUCCUCUGAAGAGCGAUGAUCCGAAACGCUCAGUAAAGGACGCAAGCUCAUCAUCUACAGCUGUUGAAUCGUCAACUGCGUCCCACCCACAAAAGCCUAACGAUAGCCACACAUUAGACGAUUUCUCAUUAGAAAUAUACAGCGAUGAGUUUACUACUGAUGCAUCAAGUAUUCCGGAAGAUGAAAGCCAAUAUAGUGCUGUGGUUCUUUUCAAGCCGAAUACUAAGGUGGGUACAGUAUCUUGACG